GUCUUUCUUUUUUAACCUCUUUCCUCUCCUAUGCAAGCGUAUAGCAAAUAAGAAUGAUAAGAAUGAAUAUCUCAUCCUACACGCUAUUCCUAACUCUUUUUCUGUUUUCCCAGGGUUUUUUACUUUCAGCAACAAAAUCUAUGCGAAAUGAAGAGGACGACGGCAUGCUACUGAAUACAUUCGGCCUAGGGAAAGCCCUUCGGAACGAAGAUACGGCGGAAAAAUCAGGAGCUUCUCCUUCUCUUGAGCAUUUCAAAGCCGAGGAGAGCAGCUUUAUGAAUGACGAGGAAAACAGAAGUCCAAAGAAUGGAGGCUCCAAGCACCAUUUCUUAAGCCACGGUCUGCCGUUGAACCUGGCUUUUAAACAGCUACCUUACCUUGCACUGAAAGGAUCAGUGGCAUUUCCAGCUGAUAACGGAGUUCAGAAUACCGAAUCAGCGCAAGAAAGGAGAGAGACUGGGGAUGAGGAAAACUCAGCUAAAUUUCCUAUAGGAAGGAGAGAUUUUGACAUGCUCAGGUGCAUGCUGGGAAGAGUCUACCGACCUUGUUGGCAAAUCUGAUACCUGUUGGUCCAUACCAUCUUCUCUGAAGAAAACAAAAUCCUGGGGUGGCCAGUGAAAUGAAAUCCUCAUGUUACUGUGAUUUUGGUAUUGUCAUAGAUGUGUACUCAGUAAACUAAUGUAUUUUGAACCAAAUGAUUAAGAUGUUCUUUAGGUGAUCAAAAUGUAACAGUCUUGUCGUACAUUAAAAUAAAUUCUGCAC